AUGCAUCAACCGGGCACUCAGUUUGCCAACAUUGUCAAAAAGUAUUCGCCAGCCCAGAAAGCCUCAAGCAACAUACCGAUGCAGCCCACGAGUGGAAAUGUCCCCGCUGUCCCGCAAGCUACUCGACAACACCAGCCUUGGCAAAACAUCAAAGAAGAUCAAACCACUGCUACUGCGAGCUCACUUCACUCGACCGAGUUUCGAUGCUGCGACUGCGACCGACAGUUCAAUAGCUCUCAGUCACUGGAGCAGCACCUCCAAGACGCUACUCAUUCGCCAAAACCUGAACACAAAUGCAAAACAUGCCAUCGCAAGUUCGGGACUGCCAUCGCUCUUAAAAACCACAUGCGCGACAAGACUCAUCCAAAGCUCAAGUGUGACAAGUGUUCUCACCGCCUUAUCACGCGGCCUCAUCACGACGCGGACGGUGUUCUCCUCGAAGUCAAUAAGCGACUGGAAACAAUAACACAGGUCCAAAACACUGAGGUUGGCACGUUAAGCAAGAAACCUCCUUCCUGUGAUUCCAAAAUUUCGCUCACUCCCAGCUGGACUCCAAAUUCGGAGAGUAUUGCUUCCGAGGACUGGGCAGUGCUCGUGUCUCAAUCAGGCACACAGCGCUGCCCUUUCUGCCCCUCAGAACGCUUGCCUUUUGCAUCAGAACUAGCUUUGCAGCACCACCUCCAAUCGGCAGCUCACUCUCAACCUUUCGUAUUUUGUCCCAGCCCGCUGGGGUCCAAGCGAAUGAGAAGCAAGCACCAGUCCGUGAGGUCUUUCAAUACCAUUAGCGGGCUGGUACAGCAUCUUGAAAGCGGAAAAUGCUCAGGCGGCAUAGCUACAUUCUGGGAGGCCAUGAGCUAUUUAGAGACACGUAUAGAAAUAUUAGGGCUAGACAUGAAAUUUAUUACUUAAUUUACUUCGCAUGGGCAAUCAAAAUGUAG